GUUCUGAACAUAAAUAUUAGUUAUUAAAAACAGUGAACAAUGAGAUCAGUGACACUUGUUUUAUGUUAGACAAAACAUGAGCAAUUUAUACCACCGAGGCCGAAACCGUUUCGAGGAAAGAUCAUACAGUUCAGGCAGUUUGCCCAUCACUGAGAGAUCUGUUACAAAUAACAAGUCACAAAGUUUUCCCGAUUUGGCAGAUUCAGCAUCACUAACAGCAGAGAAGAUAGGCCAGAGCAACAAACCUAGCAUUCCGUACUUUAACUAUUAUGACUUUAACAGUUUACCGUCAUCGUCUACCUCAACUGCAGCGCCAAUGCUGUCCUCUGUUGUUCCGACAGAGUAUGGCGAAUAUCGAGUAACACCAACACUUAAAACGAAGACGGCGAUAGGUUUCUUGGACGAUUUCACCCCACAAAAGGGACAAAAACUUUUAAAAAACUCUAAUAUGUUUGAUGGGGCGUGCAGUCUUUGGCCUGACUCAUCGCUGGAACGCUUGCCUUCCGAGCAUGGACGCAUGCAGAUGCUAAAGUCUGUUUACUUUUCCCGAAAUAAUUAUGACUUGGAUAAAGAAAACGCUCACUUCAAAUUUGCCGAGGCUCUGAUAUCAACAUUCGAAUUAUUGAAAUGGAAAAAAUGUGUGAACUGCACGUCUAAGGACUCUCUGUAUUCUACGAACUGGGAUUCGAAUCUUGAAAGCAGUUCAACAGUGUACAAAAAUUCAAAUGAAGACAUUGUUUCUGAAGAAAAUUUUGAUGCUGUCGAAGCAAGAGAAAAUGAAUGUGAUAUAAAGACCUACUCUGCCGAAGAAAUUGCAAUGGGCCUUCUGAAUAAAUUUCAAGAUAAACAAUUGCCAUUUGCAUGCGAUUUCAUGUGGAUGGUUUGCGAAAAAGAUGUACCUCAAAACAAUCUUCCGAUGCCAAGCGGGAAUAUAAUCGAUCCGGAUGAAAUGCACAUACUAGACGUAGGAACCUUAUUCAGAGGAACCCAUGAAUGGGCACCUCCUCGGCCACAAGUCAUAUUUACUUAUAAGCCUCCUUCAUUAGAUCGCCGUGCACAAAUGAAAAUGCAAGGAAACCGUUGCGAAGGAUGCGGUAUUAAAGUAAAUCAAGCGUAUAUUAACCGGUACAGGUAUUGUCAUUACACUGGAAAGUACAACUGCUCCAGUUGCCACAAGAAUCAGAUGGCAAUAAUUCCAGCUCGAGUAAUUCAAAGAUGGGAUUUCACGAUUCUUCCAGUAAGUGUAUUUGCUUAUCGGAUUCUUUGCGAUAUUUGGAACACUCCACUGUAUCGUGUAAAUCAUCUGUGCCCAGAGUUGUACAACAAUGUCAAACAUCUUAGAAGUGCUCGCCAAAUACGAGUAAAUUUAAAAUAUGUUAAAGAUUUCAUAAUGAUUUGUCGUCAUGCAGCAAGCAUCCAUUGUGUUUUCCAAGAAGUGCCUGACUAUUUUACAUCCGAUGUUGACAUGUAUGGCAUGGCAGAUUUUUUGGCUGUAAAAAAUGGUGAGCUAUCUCGAGUAUUGGUAUCACUUGUGUCUCGAUGUGAAAAACACAUUUUGAAUUGUGAGCUCUGCAUGGCACGCGGGUUUGUUUGUGAAAAGUGUAUUGAUAAAAAUGCAGACGAUGUUGGAUUGAGUAGUAAGAACAUACUACUACCUUGGCAAUCGAACGUUUAUCGUUGUGAUAAGUGCGGUACAUGUUAUCACAACACAUGUUGGAAGAAAGAAAAGAAUUGUAAAAAAUGCCAUAGAAUCUCAAUGAGGGCAAGCCUUACUGAAAUUAAAAUACACUCGUAAAUUAUGUUUAAAAAGCAUAAAAUAAGAUGUAAAUUCAAGUGCAAGUAAAUGAAUAGCAUCCGAUGAAUCAUAUGAAUUGUGUGCGUUAUGUUUACCAUACUCCUGCUGGUUUUUCCCGUAUAACCUAUGAUAGGAAAGGAUCAAUUACUUUAUCUCCUUCGACAAACUUAUAUACACAUACUUUUAAUGACACAUAAAAUCAAUACAGAUAGGUAUGGAAUAAAAUUGUAC